GGACAGAAGGACGAGAGAGCAAAGGAAAGCAGACAGAGGAAAAGCAGAAAAAGAAGCAAGAAGGAGGAACUAGGAGAGGUGAACAAAACAGGCAGAAACAAGACAAAAAGAGAAGUUGGGAGCGAGAAGAAGAGCGAUAG